UCCCGACUACCCUACUAGAGCUAUCAGCAUCUUUCACGACCAAGACACGAUAUACGAAUCCGAUUUGCGUUUAACUCUAUUAAUCCAAGACAUUAAUUCAGUCGGCAUGUCUAACCGCCGGACGCCAGCUGAUGUCAAUCAAACUCAACCCGCAAUCCCUACCUCCGGAUCGAGCGAACAACUACAAGAUAACCAGCCUCGCACUCAAGGACAUUCCCUUUCUUCUUCUUCUGCUUCUUUCCACCAAUCCACUUCCGUACCACCAGCUACAGCUGACCAGCAGUGGUUUCCAGCAUCUCGACAGAUGAUCGUCACCAGCUCUUCCUUCUAUGACCCUACUCAGGCCUCAGGCUUUACAGCCCAGCAGCCUUCCAUGAACGUCUGGAAUACCCCAUUCACAGGUCCAGGUGCCGAAUACUUUCCCCGACAGCACCCGACAUACCAGCAGCCGUAUGAUACCUUCGGAGGAGCAGAGACGACCCAGUACUCAUUUGCUCAAAACCAAGUUAGAGAGCAGCAGCAGCCUGAGCAACAUUCACAACAGCGCCACCUUAUACCCACUUCACGGCGCUCGGCACAUGGUGGUUCCCGGACUUCUGGGUACUAUAGACAGAGGAGCGCUGAAGGCCAGCAACACGCAGGCCAAUACUCACAGCUCCCUUCCGUUCCUCCCAAUCCUCCUUCAACCCAUCCUUCACCUCCUCAGCCCUCUCAACAGCCAACAGGCCAAGCCCUCGCUGCACAGCGUACAACUGAAUUAAUCGCAGGUCAAUUCCCACCAGUGCAAGCCGAACAGCAGUACCCAGCUCAGCAGCCCCAGCCCCAUUUCUCACCCCCUCCUACCCAGUCCCAAUUCCAGAUCCAACAAACCCAGUUCCCGCCUACUCCGCAGUUUUCUCAGAGUCAACCUCAGGCUAGGCAGCAGAGCCAGUUUUCACAAUCCCACCAUUCUCGUGUCCCAUCGCAAUCGCACCCGCACCCUCACGCUCCAACGCAAUCGCAUACUCACGUCCCAUCGCAAUCUCGUGCCCACCCUCAUGUUCAGCCGCAUACCCAAUCGCAACCUCAGAUUCACGCUCCUCCAAAUCCACCCCGACAGUCUCAACACUAUUCAGGGCCGUCAGAUUCGUAUUACCUUCAGGGCGAUAUGUAUUAUGCAAUCAAUACGCAAGGGAGCCAGAGUGCGCCUAGUCUUCCGGUUCUUUUUUUUCAGAUACCGUUGGACGGCAUAGGCAUAUGCGCCAAUGUUUGGGUACUAUACCUCGUGCCUCGUUACCUUCUUCUGUUUCUGAGUUCAACAGCAUACGUUGACAUGCAUAUAUGCGUCCAUAUCCACUUUAUACCUCUCUGAUUCUCAUCUUUUGUUUUGAUUCGCGCGAUUUAUCGUUCCAUGUCAUCCUCCCAUUGUUCUAUUGCGCGGCACCACCUGACACGGGACAUUCUUACCUCCUUGAUCAUGCCCGACUUGCUAUCGACGUUUGGAUCGCUGACUGAUUGACAGCACUCGCACACGCAGAGUACUGCCAGUCAUGUGGGUGUCUUUAACGCUUCGUAUUUAUGCGUCCGUGCAGGGAUAUUA